AGUCAGACUUUCUUGGCGUGGGGAGCAAGUACUGAAUUGGUGACAGACAGGUAAGCAAUUAUCGGAGAUGCUGGUUUGGAUCAACUCUUUGUAUGUUACGUAGUUAAGGCUAUAAAUCAGGGUUGCAGUCAUAUUUUCAGUUCACCGGAACUGUUUGGUUAUCCAGUUGCUUGAGCCAGCAGAAGUUGAAGCUAUGGAUGUCUCGGGAGGGAAUUUUACGACAACUACUCUAGUGACUGAAGGUGAAUUAGCCACGGAUCCCAUAAAUGGCAAUGCAAAUGACCAACCCUAUAUUGUCAAGCCAUGUGAAGAUCCAGAUUCAAGAUUCAGAAUAGAAGAGGCUGAGAUCCUGAUAAGAAGUCUAAAUGAGAGAAGGCUUGAGGUAGACAAAAAAAUAGCCGAAAGAAGGUCGGAUCGAGAAUACAUAAUCUCAAGGUUGAAAAUCCUACAUGAAAGAGAAAAGAGAUUGGAAUACGACAUGGUUUUGAGGAAGAAACAGCAGGGACAUUUACAGGCAGCUCUAGACAAGCUGAGUUUCACAAACAGCGCGUACCAGGAUCGAGAGAUAAAUUCAUGCUUAGUUGCUGAUGACAUCAAUUGUCGUAACCUGAAUUUCAAACUGCUACAUGGAAGCAAGAAUCUGGCUGCAGAGAAAAAACUUCUGAGAGAGAUCAAGGCAAGUGAGAAGGGUAAGACUGUCAGUUUGUGGUCAUCACUGAAAGAGAUCGAUAGUUCUAUUUGUCCAUUGAAUUACCAAUUGCUACGCGGUUGCUACAAUGCCAGCACAGUCGGAGAUAAGAGUAUACUGAAAGAGAUUCAACAUCUUGAAAUCGCCAAGGAGAAAGCUAUUGCUAAUGCUACUGUCAAGGGAAAGAUAUGGAAUUCACUAGGUACAAAAAAAGCCUUGCAAGAGGAAAUCAAAUUUCAUGCUAAGGAACUGGUGGAUUUAAGGAAGCAACAUUUGUUUUUGAAAGCUAGCAUUAAGGAAGUUGAGGAAAAAUUGCCGGCAGUAGAAAAACGUAUAAUCUCCUUAGAGCGGCAACUGGCACAUCUGCGCAGGCAAAAGGAUGAAGCAUACGAACACCUGAUAAAUCAUGCAGAUUGAGCAGAAUCCAGGGAAUCACUCGACAAAAUCAGUAUUUGAAAUAAUUGUGUUUGCUAAGGCAGUGAGAUUUAGUAGUUCUUUUCUUUCUUUCUUUCUUUGUGGGGGUUAUGUUUUCUCAUUUGUGGUGUGGGAUUGCUCGAGGAUAGGGUUCAGGUCACAGGCUUUGUACCAUAUUCUUCUCAACUAUAUACAAGUUAUGAAAGCAGGUUGAUGAAUAAUAUAGCAUUGCAGAGAUUUCUGUCAAA